CUUCCACUCAGAUCAGUUCGCUUCGGCUAGUGAAAGUGGCCAGUUGUCUUGUGUUUACGGCCAGCACAGGGAUUUACCAAACAUGUCGAUGAAGUUUACCAAGUCCACAUGCUUGAGUUAACGCGAGGGACACAUUUGCAAACCAGGUUUGCUAAAUGCACAAAGAUCCGCCCCUGGGCGCCUUCAGAUUUUCCGGAAAUCCUUUUUUAAAGCUUUGCAAUAACUGGCUUAGAUAAACACAGACAUGGCUGUAACACUAAGGCUGCUAUUACUUUUUGCAACUACUUUCCUCAGCAUCCAUGCAGCUCAAAUUCCAACCAAUAUAGCGUUGGGCAUGCCAGAAGUAAGAGUGGCAUGUCGAAGCGAACACAUGACGAUAACCGUGGAUUCGACCACAGGACUCUUUGAUGGUAUGAUCUAUCCACGAGGGCUCGGAAGAAACUCGUCCUGUAUGACACUUUAUUCAAACGCCCUGGGUCCCGUCACUUACGAACUGCCACUGAGCGCAUGCAACACGAUGAGCUCUAACAUGGAUGACGGGACUAUAGAGUAUUACAACACGAUAGUCGUGCAACCACAUCGAAAGCUGGUAACAAGCCAGGGCAAAGGAUUCCAUGUACGGUGCAAGUACACGACGAGGGAGAAGAUGAUCACUAAUGAUAUUAAUGUGAAUAUGGUACUUGAGCCGACAAUGUUACUAGGUACAGCACCAAUGCCAGGCUGCUCAAUGGUGAUAUACCAAGGCGAUCAUGUAGCGCAAAAUGUCAAAAUUGGGGAGACUCUCACUCUAAUGGUCUCCAUUGACAAGCAGGAGGUCUAUGGCAUGAGAUUAUCUCACUGUUCAGUCACUGAUGCCACAAAUUCAGCUUCUCAGCCCCUCAUCGACGAUUUUGGUUGUGCAGUCGAUACAGAAAUAAUGGGCCCCUUUCACUACAGUAAAGACGAAACAAUAGCCAAAGUGGAUUUUCAGGCUCAUAAAUUCCCUUAUACUGAUUCUGUUUACUACCACUGCAAUGUCCAUCUUUGCCUCAAAGCAGAUAAAGGAUGCCCUCCACUUCCAGACUGCAGUCGUGGCAGAAAGAAAAGGCAAGCAGAUGAGGGAAGUCCUGCAACAAUUGAAGUCUACAGUGGACUUUAUGUGAACGAGGCAAAUGAUCUCUCCAGACCUGAUCAAUUUGACUUAGUAGCUAGAGAAAAAGCUAUUGAAAACCCGAACAACAUUUGCAUAUCGCAGAGAAAUUUUGCAAUUGGGAUUGCAAUAGCAGGACUGAUCCUGAUGUUGAUGGUGAUCGCGGCUUUUGUCAUUCUCUUGGCCAGGAGAAGAAACAAGAAGGAAAUAUCAAGUGGAAGUUCUAUUUACAGUGGCCCAUAUACAAAUACUGCAUACAGCCAUUCUAGUUAAAACUGUAGUGUUAGAAAAACAAUUGCCAUAUUAUUUUAUAGUUAUUUUAUUUCUAACAUGUUCAUAAAGACAGUUAUUCAUGAAUGAAUUCCUAAAUAAGAAAAUGCGUUUUCUUUUAUUUGGCUUUAUACUGAUUGAUUAAAAUUGUAAAAAUGUUUUUAAUGUGAAAUCAAAUUUAAUAAAAAUAUAGCUGUAGUGCUCAGUUAGUGUCAGGCUGCCCAGGCUAGGUAUUAGGUUUUAUUAUUUUAAUAUAGAUCGUUUCUAUUCAUUUCUUUUAUAGGACGAGGGGGAUCUGAAUUGUAGUUGUUUAAAAUGAAUUAAUAAAUUAAAUACAAUUUUAUAUUCAUUUUAAACAACAAUCUUCGGCUCUUCCUCAACAGACCCCAUACGUCUGAUGCUUCAUUGGGAAUGGUGCUCUUUUCUUUAAAAUUUCAGGGUUUAUUUGUAGUGCGCUCCACACCCUUCAAUCGCAUAACAUGCUGUUAAACAUUGCUUUAUACAUUCUUGUACAAAAUUUAAAAUAGUUCUUUUUAAAAACAAGUUUCUAUAUGGUAUAUUUUGCUGAAUUAUUCUUCUUCAGAAAAUUGGUGGUUUGAUAAACAAUACUUUAUUGUUUUGUUCAAGACAUUGGUUCAUAGUUUCAUUAAUUUCAACUUAAGCUUAAAAUAUAGUUUUCAAUGAAAAUCUGGACCUUUGUCUUGUUAUUAGUAUUAACAUUAUUACAAUGUAUGCUAGUAUUCAUUUUCAUUAUUAAUUCAGAAAUUAUAAUGUAGACAUCAUUAAAUCUAUAAUUUAAGUUAUACUUUAGGAUAUUAAUUUAUAAACAUUCUUUUCUUUAUUAUUUAACAAAAUAAUGUUCUUACAUUGUAUUAUUGAAAAUACACAUUUAACUGUGAUGAUAUUAAUAGAUUAUUUUAUCUCUUUGACUUCAAAUAAAAUAUUGAUGAAA